UCGCGCUCGCAAACUAAUAUGAAUCAGUUUCGAUCGUUGGUGCGAAACAAGGCGUCUAACAUUCGCAUCCAGGAUCAGAUGCAGGAUCAGGUCAGAACUUUGGACAGAAAUUUUUCGCGCAGUCAGUUCAAUGGUACCGCCACGCAGAAUAACACGGUGCCGAAUAUGUACGGUACGUAUAAUCGAGCGCAGGGAAGGCAAGAAAAGCCGACGGUGGCCACACUAAGUCAGGUACAGGGUAGCGAUCCUAAUUUGUAUGCUGUAACGGAACUCUAAUCGUGGUAAAGGAAAGAGACGAUGUCGUAUUCAAUGGGUCGUAUUUUCGAAACGUUGUCAUUUUACAAAAGGAAAAAGUUUUGUCCUUCGAUGAAAUUCAAUUCGGACGAUUCGGAGUUCCUAUUUAAGAAAAAAAAAAAUGGCAAAUCGAUUUCGGAGAGUUCUGCGAUAGAAAUGAGAGAAGUAAGGGAUGAGGAGGAGGAGACGAAAUCUUAGAGAACUUAGAAACUUGUGGGAGACAUACUUUAUAUCCGAGAUUUUGUACUUGUAUAUCAUGUACAGUGAUUGUGGUACGUCCUUCUAUGUUAAUCUCUCUCUUUGUUACCGUGUUCUUGAUCGGAUCGUGCGCGAAGUAUUCAGAGAGGAAAGGAAUAGGUACUUAAAGCGGCGAUGUACGUAUUUAUUGCUCGGUUGGUUGAUCGAAAAACUACAUCUCAACGAAUAAGCACAAAGAUAUUUACAUUGACAUCAUUUACAGAGAUACUGUUCGCUUGUUCAUUCUAAAUUAGCUGUUAAUUUCGCGUACAAUAUUUAACUUAAGGAAAGUUAGAUAUCGUUGAAUGUCCUGAAAGAAAUACCAAAAUAUACAAUGAAGGAGAGAUAUACCGAGAUUUUUAGAUAUACUUUUUACAUUUUAUCAUCGAGGGAAUCUACGUUGAAUUUUUCUGUGAGAGAUAUGCAAUACACUUUAUAUGUGUGUGAACGCGUAUAUAUACAUCUCUAGUUACCGCACGAAUAUCUCGUGACUUUUACGAGAUACUUUGGCAGAAUUCGAUUGACAACGCUCGAUAUAUACUGCCAAUGCUUAGGCAAAUAUAUUUUUUAAGUACAAACAUGGUGGUAGCACAGAUGUUGCGUUUUCAAUUUUCACAUGCGGAAGAUAAAAGCUAAAACACGCACGUGGGUUUCUGAUUUAUUCAAAAAUAUUGGAAAUCUACUUCCACUCAAACCGUAUUAUAUAAUUAAAGUACAGCAUUAUUCUUGUUUAAAGGCAGUGGAAGAGAAAUGGAUCUAAAAUUGAAUCUUACUACACUUUGUAAAGAUCGAGAAUGAAUUUUCUGCGGAGUGCAGUCUUCCUGAGAAAUAUUUUACCAGAGAUAUACCGAGUAUAUAAUCUAGCGAUUAUUUGAUAUUUAUCAAAUAGACGAAUAUCAAAUAAUUAUUUUAACACCAACGUUGAAAUAAUAAAUUCACGUAAAGUUAAAAUCGAUAAUGAUGAAAAGUAUUUACGUGAAUAGGCUGAAGAGAGAAAAAAAGGCUCAUCUUCUAAAAAUUGUAAUUUAACUUUCAGUAAUUAUUUCCCGUUUGUUAGAUGUCAUAAUAAUCGUUACGUUUUAAUUGCAAAUAAUUAAAAUUAAAUAAUCAAUGAAUAAUUUUGUGCCUGAAUAAUCUAAAUAUAAUCAGACAAAUGUUUACGAUUAUCAGAGCAUCCGAUUGGCAAUUUAUCAAUUUCUUCAAUUGCCGCGGGUGCCUGAGACUAUAGUGUAUUCGGUACAUCUCUAAUUGAUACUAUUUAAAAAUUUGUAAGACUCGAUAGAUUUUCAACAAUUACAAAUGACUUUAUACCGGCAUCCGCAUAUAAUUCAGUAAAUCUGUAUAUAAACAGUAACAGUUAAGAUUAUCGAAUAAACGUGAAAAGUGUGAUAAAUCGCGAAUCUAGAUGUUAUACGAAUUCGUGGAAGCAUUUUGCCACUUUGAUUGACAGUUUGACGAUUUCGGGAUGCAGGAAGGAAAAUCGUGCCAUUCCAGUGUAACGUAUGCAUUUAUCGCAAAACCACUUUCCAGAAUUUUCUUAGAGACUUGUGUUUAGUCGAGUAACAAAUAUAUAUAAUCGCAGUACACACAAAGAAUUAAAAGCGUAAAUAGCGAGAGAACUUAAUCCAAUGUAAAUAAUUGUAAUAUUUAUUACAGAGGGCGAUAGCUCAUAUAGACUAGUAGCAUAUAGUUUAAUUAAAUGCGCUAAUUUAAGUUUCGACGAGAUAAAUAUUAAAUGUAUACACGCACGUGUCGGCCACGUAUUAUACGAUACAUGAACAAAUAUGUUUUGUUCAUUUUAGAGAGAGAGAUGAAAAAGUACCUAGUCAGUAUAUAAAGUUGAGUACAUUCGAUAACAGGUAAAACGAUCUCUUGCCAAAUUUUUAACACGGCUCAAUUUAAACAAAAGAAAAACAAAGAAAAAAGGGACUUAAAAAGGACUACUCUUUUUUUCUCAAAUAUUUGUAUCGUCACUAUUAUAUACAUAUGAAAGCUAUAUUAGUACGUGAUUGCUCCCCAAUACAUGUUCUAGAUUAAGAAAAACGAAAUUACUUAUCGAGAGAGAAUAUACAAGUAUAAUUCAGCUUCAGUGUUUUAACGAAAUGUAAGCGUCUAAUUUUAUUUUGUAUUUUAUUAUUCUUUUUUUCUAUUUCGUUUUUUUUUUUUUUUCUCAUUAUUAUUUUAUCAAUCCAUAGUAAGCAUAGUAAGCAGAAUUUUAUUUCUUAUCUUUUAUAAUUAUAAUGAGAGAAAUAGAAAAGGAUAAAAAUCAAUGUUUAAAAUUUUGUUUCGUUUUCUUAAUAUAUUUCUUCUUUCUAUUUCUUUCUUUUUCAAUGACUGACGAAACACUGAAGAUGGACAUCUUCGACAUACUCGAAAGGAAACAAAGGAAAAUUGUAGUGAGUUUGAGAUUUUACAAUAAAGCACGCAAACGGGA